AUGACCAACAAAGACGCCGCCACGGCCUCCGCACAGCAACGCGCCGCCGACCUCCCGAUCGAACAGCAGCCGCCGCCGCUCAGCCAGAUGCUGCAGGACGACCGGCGACAGGCCGACGACUGCACGCCGUGCAGGGUUAUGGGCGCCUCCGCUUUCAUCGGUCUCGGCGUGUACAGCUACAUCUCGGGCCACAGUCAGCUGCGCGAGCAGCGGGCGCGGCAGCUGGCGGAGAAGUCGCUGCUCGGGCUGCGGGCGCGGAAGGCGAGCAUAACGGGGUUGGCCGGGGUGUUGGUCGGGUUGGGGGUGUAUCGGCUUGUUAAUUGA